CUGUUAUCAUUGUUGAAAUGUGCAAAUUGACAUGUAAAUGAUGGCAGGUUGUUUUACAUAGGCAUUUACUAAGAACAGUAGCAGCUCCUAUGGUGGAUAUGCUUCUUCAUGAUCUGGAUGAACAGAACAAAUUGAAGAACGGUGUUGAGCUUCAGGAGGCUCCAAGUUCUGAAUCUAUUUCAGUUAGUCCUGGAGACAGAGUUGCAAUUUCCAAGAGUUUUCCUAGACCUCUAGCAGAUAAGGCUCUUGCUGUUGUAGAAGCAUUGGAGGGAAAGGAUGGCAUUUCUAAUUUUGCAACAAAUCUUGUUGUUAAGGUUUAUGUAAUUCAUUGCCAACAAUUUUUCAAUUUACAGUUGCGACCAGUUGGGUGAAAAUAUCGUUUUUCUUAAGCAUCAGAACUAUUCUCCUCUCUGAUUUGUGAACAGUAUAAUUAGAAGUUGAAUGUGAAUGUUCAAACCAUAAUGUUGAAGUAUUCAUGGACGCAUUUAGAGCAGUAACUGAAGAGAGUGCAUAGCCUUUGAAAAGACUCGACAAGAAACUCGAAAGAACACUUUUACAUUCAUAUCGUAAGGUAUUUAGGCUUUCACCCGCAUAAAGCUUUAUCAGAAUUUGUUUGAAU